CAAGCAGGAUUAAAUGUUAUCUCGGAGAUGAUUAUCGGCUACAUGUAUCCUGGAAAGCCUCUAGCCAACGUGGCCUUCAAAACCUAUGGCACAAUAAGCAUGUCACAAGCCAUUACAUUUCUUUCAGACUUCAAAUUGGGUCAUUACAUGAAGAUCCCUCCAAAAUCCAUGUUCCUUGUUCAGCUCGUGGGCACAGUCAUCACAUCACUGGUCUGCUUCAGCACGGCUUGGUGGCUACUAACGACCAUAGAAAACAUAUGCGACCCGUCAAAAUUACCUGACGGAAGCCCGUGGACUUGCCCAGGAGACGAUGUCUUCUACAAUGCCUCCAUAAUAUGGGGUGUGGUGGGCCCGCUUCGCAUGUUCGGGAAACUUGGGCUUUACCCAAAGGUGAACUACUUCUUCCUAUUCGGGCUUCUUGGCCCGGUGCCCGUGUGGUACUUUUCUCACAAAUAUCCGCACAAGAAGUGGAUUAGGUACGUAAACGUGCCGAUUAUUAUAUCGGGUGCGAGCUCGAUGCCGGUGGCAAAGGCGGUGAACUACAUGUGCUGGUUUAGUGUGGGGCUGUUUUUCAACCUGUACGUGUAUAGGAGGUUCAGGGGGUGGUGGGCCCGGCACAAUUAUAUCCUGUCGGGGGGUUUGGAUGCUGGGGUUGCGUUCAUGGCCACGUUGUGUUAUUUCACGCUGCAGUUUAAUGGGAUUGGUGGGCCCAAGUGGUGGGGACUGGCGGUGGACGAUCACUGCCCGCUGGCAAAGUGCCCCACGGCAGCUGGUGUAAGGGUUGAAGGCUGCCCUGUUUCUCAUUGA